AUGACGCGUGGCUGCCAACCCUCCAGCCGUGCCCUCACCCCCCUCCUACUGGCCGUGCUUCUGGGAGGUGCAUCCCAGGCCACCGAGAUUGUGGGCGGACGGCCUUCGGAGCCUCACUCGCGGCCCUACAUGGCAUCAUUGCAGUUUCGGGGGGUCUCUGGUGCCCACUUCUGUGGAGGCACCUUGAUCCACCCAAGGUUCGUGCUGACAGCUGCCCACUGCCUACAGAACACGGACCCCACCCAGGUGAAUGUAGUGCUGGGGGCCCACGACCUGCGGACCCCUGAGCCUACCCAACAGCAGUUCAUGGUCUCGCGUCUGUUUGAGAACAACUACAACCCACAGGAGAAGCUCAAUGAUGUGCUCCUUCUGCAGCUGGACCGCCCAGCCAUCCUCAACGCCCAGGUGGCGGUGGCCCCGCUGCCGAGACAGGAUCAGCUGCUACCCCAGGGUACACAGUGCCUGGCCAUGGGCUGGGGCCGCCUGGGAACCCACCUGCCAACGCCCCGAGUCCUGCAAGAGCUCAACGUCACUGUGGUCACCUUCCUGUGCCGGCCACACAACGUGUGCACGAUCGUUCCCCGCCGCAGAGCUGGCAUCUGCUUCGGGGACUCUGGAGGCCCCUUGAUCUGUGAUGGCGUCCUUCAGGCUGUGGACUCCUUUGUGAUCCGGGAAUGUGCCACCCGCCAGUACCCUGACUUUUUUGCCCGGGUCUCCCUCUAUGUGAACUGGAUCCGCUCGGUGCUGGCUAUGCAGAGUGGAGGCGAGGGUAGCCCCUGA